UGUUUACAACGUUUGGCUUCAUAUUUCGGCAUCUUGUGACGCCCUAUAAGGCGGAACCACGGCCAGAUAAACUCGGAGCCGGACUCUUUAGCGUGACGCACAGCCGCACUCGGAUCUGUCCGGACAGACGCGAAGAGCAGAGAGAUGUGGCUGCUGUCGGUGCUGCUGUCAGUGCUGCUGCCUCUGCUCAAGCUGUAUUUCUGCGGAGUCAAAGUACUUCUUUAUCAGACCUUCAACAGAUCUUUCACGCUCCCAGUUUUAUCCAGGCAGGAUGGGCGAGUUGCCAUGGUUACCGGGGGAACCAGAGGAAUGGGUUAUGAGACAGCCAAACAACUGGCGAAGCUCGGCAUGCAUGUUGUCAUAGCGGGGAACAACAGAGAAGAAGGUGCAGCGGCCGUCCGGAGGAUUCAGGAAGAAGACAGCCAGGGGAAUGUUGAGUAUGUCUUCGUGGACCUGUCCUCUCUGAAAUCAGUGCGACAGUUUGCUCAGACUUUCCAGAACCGAGGACUGCCCCUCCAUGUUCUGGUUAACAAUGCGGGAACCAUGAUGGUUCCUGAGGGCCGGACAGAGGACGGCUUUGAGAUCCACUUGGGUCUGAACUACCUGGGUCACUUCCUGCUGACCAACCUGCUGCUGGACACGCUGAAGCGCUGGGGCCGGCCGGGCCGCUGCGCCCGGAUCAUCAACAUGUCCUCGGCCACGCACUACGCAGGGGAGAUGCACAUGGACGACCUGAACAGGAGGAGGUGCUACAGCUCCCACGGCGCCUACGCCCAGAGCAAACUGGCCCUGGUGCUCUUCACCUACCACCUGCAGGAGCAGCUGACGGCCGGCGGCUUCCCGGUGAGCGUUAGCGCCGUGGACCCCGGGAUGGUGGACACGGCGCUCUACGACAACCUGUGGAGUAUCACGCAGGCGCUGAAGAAACCCGUGGCCAAGCUCCUGUUCAGGACUCCAGCCGAGGGAGCGUCCACAUCAGUGUACGCUGCAGCUGCCUCUGAGAUGGAGGGGGUGGGGGGCUGUUACCUGUACAACGGCCACAGGAAGCAGUCCUCGGACACUUCCUACGACUGUGAGCUGCAAGCCGAGCUGUGGAAGAAGAGCUGCGAGCUGGUGGGCCUUCAGACGGCCCGACUCCUCCUCUAAUCACCUCGUAUGUAGGAUGCACUGUCCGUUUCACACCCGGAGACAUUCU